GACGUCAGUGGAAUGAGUUGCAGAUCUGUUGCGCAUGCGCAGACGGAGCGCAGCAGCCCCAGUUUCGAUUCUUUACAGACAGAAACAACUAAUCCAAACACAUCAGUGACUGACAACCAAAUUAAAUCUUCCGGACACUUUACAGCUGUCUGCUUUCACGCCGUGUUCUCCUCAGAUUCUCCAAACACGGAGAAGAAAUGUCACGGAAAUCAAGCAUGAACGCGUCUAAACAGACGACCUCUCUGAAAGCGAAAGGACUCAAAGACAUCAGGAUUGAUGAAGAGGUCAAAAUCGCUGUAAAUAUCGCACUGGAGAGGUUCCAGUACAGCGACGACAAAGAGCUGGAUUUCCCUUCUUCAUUGACAAAUUCUGAGAGAGCGUUCGUACAUCGGCUUGCUCAAUCGCUGGGCUACAUCUCGAAAAGCAGAGGGAAAGGCUCCAGUCGAUAUCUUACUGUGAGGAAGAAGGACGGGACAGAGACGGCACGGUCUGUCAUGACCUGUAACCUCACUCACAACUCCAAACACAUGGUGCAAAACCUUCUGCAGAGGUUCCCCAUCACCAACAAAGAGCGCAGUGAGCUCCAGCCGCGCACAGAGAGAGUCGUCGUCACUUCUCCAGAUGCCAUUGACAGUAAAAGCAGGACCAGCGGCCGUCUGAGUCACGGUAUUCCUCAGGUUCCUCAGAAACGAGGCCCGUCUGAACUGGAUUGCUUUCGGAGAGCGCUGCCUGUGUAUGAACGUCAGGAGGAGCUCGUCCAAACCAUCAGGGAGAACCAGGUGGUGCUGGUUUUGGGUGAGACCGGGUCAGGCAAAACCACCCAGAUCCCCCAGUUCCUCCUGGACGACUGCAGUCGAAACGGGAUUCCCUGCCGGAUCUUUUGCACUCAGCCCAGGAGGUUGGCGACCAUCGCUGUGGCAGAGCGUGUGGCGUCUGAGCGUGGCGAGAAGAUCGGACAGACCAUUGGUUAUCAGAUUCGCCUGGAGAGCAGAGUUUCUCCUAGAACCUUACUGACAUUCUGCACGAGUGGAGUCCUGCUGAGGACGCUAAUGGCCGGAGAUGAGGCUCUGUCCACGGUCACUCAUGUCAUUGUGGACGAGGUGCACGAGCGAGACGGACUGACGGACUUCUUACUCACUAAGAUGAAGGACAUGCUUCAGAAGAUGCCGUCGCUAAAGCUCAUCCUGUCCAGCGCCACCCUGGACGUCAAUCUGUUCAUCAGAUACUUUGGAGCGUGUCCUGUUAUUCACAUCAAAGGUUGUCCAUAUGACGUCAAGCAGCUCUUUCUGGAGGACAUCCUGCGGACCACCGGCUACACUAACAAAGACAUGAUUAAAUACAAGAAGGAGGCGCAGAAAGAGGAGCGGCAGCAGACGUCCCUGACAGAGUGGUGUGACGCCCGUCAGGACGUCCUGCAGCCUGAACCUGCGAGGGAAAAGACGCCCACUUGUGUCCUGCAGGAGAAUGACCUCCUGGAUGACGGCGGAGACAGCGUCUUCAGCCAGAUGAGCGAGAAGGACGUGGCCACGUUAGAGCCCUGGCUGCUCAGGGAAAUGGACGCCUGCAUCUCAAACAUUUUCCUGAACCAAGACGCUGAAGCCUUUAUACAACUCUUCAAUCUGAUCCUGAAUGAGAACAUUAGUGUGGAUUACGGACACAGCGAGACGAGCGCCACGCCUCUGAUGGUGGCCGCAGGUCGAGGGUUCCUCAGCCAGAUGGAGCAGCUCCUGAGCAUGGGCGCAAACGUCAACAUCAAAGCCUCCAACGGCUGGACGGCUCUUGACUGGGCCAAACACUUCAAGCAGCCCGAGGCUGUAGAUCUGCUGGAGUCUCACAUAUGGUGUGUUGAAUCGGGUCAGAUGGACGAGUCGUCUCUGGUCCAGACAGCCACAUCUGAACUGAGCUCUGAGGACCAGGAGCUGCUCAAAGCGUAUCAUCACAGCUUUGACGACGAGAAGGUCGACCUCGACCUCAUCCUGCAUCUGCUCUUCAACAUCUGCCAGAGCUCUGACGAAGGCGCAGUGUUGAUAUUCCUGCCCGGCUACGAUGAGAUAGUGUCUCUGAGAGAUCGCAUCGUCUUUGAUGAUAAAAGGUUUACAGACCACCAGCAAAGGUUUCAGGUCUUCAUACUUCACUCCAGUAUGCAGACGUCAGACCAGAAGAAGGUUUUGAAGAACACUCCUAAAGGUGUUCGCAAGAUCAUUCUCUCCACCAACAUCGCAGAGACCAGCAUCACAGUCAACGACGUUGUGUUCGUCAUCGACUCCGGCAAAGUUAAAGAGAAAGCGUAUGACGCUCUGAAUAACGUGACGAUGCUGAAGAUGGUCUGGAUAUCGAAGGCCAGCGCUCUGCAGAGGAAGGGCAGAGCGGGCCGCUGCAGACCAGGGAUCUGUUUCCAUCUCUUCAGCCGUCUGAGGUUCAACAACAUGCUGGAACAUCAGAUUCCACAGCUGCUGCGCAUGCCUCUACAGGAGCUGUGUCUGCACACUAAACUUCUGGCUCCCAUCACCUGCCCGAUCGCUGAGUUCCUGUCUAAAGCACCUGAGCCGCCACACCUGCACACGAUUAAACACGCUGUACAGAUGCUGAAGACCAUCGACGCCAUGGACCCCUGGGAGAACCUGACGGAGCUGGGCUAUCACCUGGCCGACCUGCCCGUGGAGCCGCAUUUAGGGAAGAUGGUUCUGUGUGCGGUGGUGCUGAAGUGUUUGGACCCCAUCCUCACCAUCGCCUGCACGCUGGCCCACAGAGACCCGUUCGUGCUGCCCGCUCAAGCCGCUCAGAAGCGCGUGUCCAUGCUGUGCCGGAAACGCUUCACGGCCAACACCUUCAGCGACCACAUGGCUCUGCUCCGGGCCUUUCAGGCGUGGCAGAAAGCUCGCAGUGACGGCUGGGAAAGAGCUUUCUGCGAGAAGAACUUCCUCUCUCAGGCCACCAUGGAGAUCAUCGUGGGGAUGCGGACGCAGCUUUUGGGACAGCUUCGAGCGACAGGUUUUGUGCGAGCGAGGGGCGGUGGCGACAUCCGGGAUGUCAAUCAGAACUCGGAGAACUGGGCCGUGGUCAAGGCUGCGCUGGUCGCCGGCAUGUAUCCCAACCUGAUCCAUGUGGAGCGGGACACCAUGACCCUCAUGGGCUCCAAAGAGAAGAAGGUUCGCCUCCACCCGACGUCCGUCCUGAGCCAGCCGCAGUACAAGAAGAUCCCUCCAGCCAAUGGUCAGACAGCAGCAGUGGAGUCUCUGCCCACCGAUUGGCUGAUUUACGAUGAGAUGACGCGCGCUCACAGGAUCGCCAGCAUCAGAUGCUGCUCUGCGGUCACGCCCCUGACCGUGGCCAUAUUCGGAGGAUGUGCUAAACUCCCGAGCUCCGCCCUGCAGGAACACAGAGCAGCCGCUGACGGUGUGAACGAGAGCAGUGACAGUGAGAUGGAGGAUCGCUCCAGCGCUCGUCUGGCUCACAUCAGCAUUGACGAGUGGCUCAACUUCAGACUGGACCGAGAGAUGGCGGAGCUGGUGUUCGGCCUCAGGCAGCGCUGGCAGAGCUUGUUCCUGCGGCGGAUUCGCUCUCCGUCUAAAGCCUGUUCUCAGCUGGACGAGGCCACCAUCCGUACGCUGGUGUCGGUGCUGUCGGCCGAGGAGCAGGUCACAGGCCUCCAGCAGCCCACCGGCAUCGGCCAGAGACCUCGACCCAUGAACUCUGACGAAGCCCCGCAGACGGCCUCCUGCAAGAGUGCCGGCCGCAGGGACCCGGAGCAGCCGGAGCAGCCGCCCAGCCCGGACAGACCUCGGCUGGUGUCUCAAAUGAAGAAUCACAGAGCGCUUCACUCAAAGCAGCUGGGAGACGAGCUCGUCCCCUUCAAGAGCGCUGACGGCCCCUCGUCCCCCUCCUCUGGAAAAAGCUGCACGUCUCCGUCCCCGCGGCCGCUGCGCUCCUGUGUGCGAUACUUCAUCAUGAAGAGCAGCAACAUGAGGAACAUCGAGCUGUCUCAGCAGAGGGGAAUCUGGUCCACGACGCCCAACAACGAGCACAAACUCACCCGAGCUUUUCACGAGAGCAGCGCCGUCUUCCUCAUCUUCUCCGUUCAGGGAUCCGGACACUUCCAGGGUUACGCGCGCAUGACAUCAGCGAUCAGCGGCGAGAGGUGUCUGGACUGGGGUUCGGUCAGUCUGGGCGGUGUGUUCGGUGUCGAAUGGGUCCGUAAAGAGAACCUGCCCUUCCAGCUCACGCAGCAGCUGCUGAACCCCUGGAACGACAACAAGAGAGUCCAGAUCAGCCGAGACGGACAGGAGUUGGAGCCUCAGGCAGGAAGUCAGUUGCUGCAGCUCUGGGAGCGAAUCUGAACUGAAGGAUCCGGAUCGACUUCACUUCAAAGCAGAUGCAUAAUCACACUGCAAAAAUCAUGUUCUUCCUCAGUGUUUCUGUCUCGUUUUUCAGCACAAAUAUCUAAACAUUCUUAAAUCAACAUACAUUUACUGGAGAAGCAAAAUGACAUACAAUGUUUUCUAAAAAAUUAAGUGAGCUUGUGCUUAAAACAAGAAAAUAUCUGCCAAUGGAGUGAACAUGCACUUCAUUUUGAUGCAUUUUUCAUUAAACAAGUCUUAAUAUCUUCAGUCAUUUCUCUUCUCCAGUAAAUGUAUCUUGAUUUAAGAAUGUUUAGAUAUUUGUGCUGGAAAACAAGACAGAAACACUGAGGAAGAACAUCAUUUUUUGCAGUGUAUCAUGUUUAUUUUGUUAUAGAACUUAAUGGAAAUUAAAUAUUUUUAUGUUUUGUUCUGGCUGUAUGAAAUGAGGAACAAGAUUUGUGCCUCAUAAACUUCAGAAAUGUUUUAUGAAUCUUGUGUUUUUAAAAUCACCAAAUGGAUUCACUCACUGAUCACAGUUCGACGUGCUUUUCUUUUAAUUGCUGUGCAAAUGUUCUUUGUCAUCUAUGAUGGCUUUGCACAUGUUCACUUUAGCAGUGUUGAAAUGUCUGCUUUAUUUAAAGGAAAAUAUGAAAUGCUGAUGGUCUUGUGAUUCGUUCGAAAUGAUUCUUCUCUUGGUUCAGUGUGUUUUCUCUGUUAACAGAUCAUAAUCUCUUCUUGACGUGACUGACAUGUUGAUGUUGUGAAUUAAACCAUGAAAGCAUCAAUGGAUCGAGUCAAAAGUUCACCUUUUAGAUUUCUUGUGGUUCAUCAUUGGCGGCUGAUCAGUCGAACGUUCAGUGUUUGUUUCUCAUGUUGUCUUGAAUGAUGCAAAUGUAUAAUUUGCAAUAAAAAAAUUAUUUGCA